AGCCAACCGCCACAUCCGAGAGCAUCGCAAAAACAAACGCACACACCCGAGUAACAACACACAACACAACCAGCUGUGUGAGAUAAAAGUUCCGUAAAAAUAGUUAAAGUCGAGAGAAUUGCCGGCAUUUCUUGCAUAACCAGAGAAACUGAACAGAAUAGAAUCAACAUGCAAUCCAUGGCCAAACAAUCCAUGCGCGUCCUGCCGCAGGUUGGCAAGCAAGUGAGCUACCUGUCGACGAGCAGCGCCUGGCGUGCAACAGUUGGUGGCAACGAUUUGGUCGUUGAUGUCUCCGAGCCGAAGACACGGACCGAGAAGCUGAUGGCCUUCCAGAAGAAGCUGCGUGCCAAGACGCCGCUGGGGAAAUUGGACGAGUUCUCUCGCCAUCCCUACCAGGAGAAGGAGCCCCUAAAGCAGUGGCCCAAUCAGACGAAUCCUUACACAGGCGAGGUCGGCGGUCCCGCCGGUCCGGAGCCAACACGCUAUGGCGAUUGGGAGCGCAAGGGUCGCGUCUCCGAUUUCUAGUCCCCCCAAAAGUUCCUUUAGCUAGCACUUAGGCUGUUAUUUAAAAAUUACAAUU